ACUUCAGUUUUAUUUAUGGGAACACAUGUUGUGCAGGGGGUAUUAUCUGUCUUGUUGAUUUGACGGAUUUAAUAGGUCGGUAAUUUAUAGUUGCCGUGUCGUGGUGUAGCUAAUUGAACUUAACAUCGACUUUAACACAUGAAGCACACCUGAAAAUGAACAGUAGCGCUCGAUAGUUCCGUCUGAAUCACUACAAUCGAUUUUAGACAUUGAUAAUAUGACUGAAAACACUUUCUCUCUGUAGCCACAAAUGUUGUGUGUUUUUUCAAGUUGAGGUGUUUUUAAGGAAGUAGAAGUCUGGAAAGUUACCUUGAAAGAGUGUUUGCGCUUGCCGUGUCUGUGAAUGACAGGAGAGCUGUGGGUUUGCCAGCUCGCGCACUGACGCACGGGUGACCAUUCAGCUGCGCGGGGUGCUGCGAGAGUAUCAGUUCAGUUCGGGCACUCCGGAGCUCGUGAGGUACGGUUGUAAUGUUGGGCUCCGAGGACCACGGAGAGAUUCGCAAACGAAACGCCACCGGAAUGAAGCGGCCUUUCAGCCCUGCUGAAGAUGAAACGCAACUGACCAGGGACGAGGGCGUGUCCUCUGACGGGGUGGAGUUUACGGGACAGGAUGCCCCGCCCACCAGCGCACGUUCGAAGCGGGAACGCAAACACAGGUCGUACACGCUCUGUGAAGUGUGCAACAUUCAGCUGAACUCUGCAGCACAAGCACAGAUACACUACAAUGGCAAAACACACCAGAAACGGCUCAAACACAUAAACAACAAUAACACAGGUACGGCUGCUCAGGGGAGCCCCCUGCUGGCCUCAUUACCGCUGCAGGGUCGCCCACUCCAAACACCUCUGGACUUGAAAAACUUCCUGCCGUUCCGCCUCAGCGGUUCUUCUCCUCUCAGCCUCUUCCCAAACUUCAACACUAUGGACCCUGUGCAAAAAGCAGUGAUAAACCACACGUUUGGUGUUCCUCAGUCCCUAAAGAAAAAACAGGUCAUCUCGUGCAAUAUCUGCCACCUGCGCUUCAACUCCACGAAUCAAGCUGAAGCUCAUUAUAAAGGCCAUAAACACGCUCGUAAGCUAAAGGCUUUAGAGGCUCAAAAGAACAAACAGCAGAGACGACAACUCGACAGUGCACAUCAUAACCGAGACAGAGAGCGAGAGAAGGAUCGUGAGAGGGACAGGGAGAGAGACGGUGACAGACUGAAAACCAAUGCUCUGGAUGGACUUACUGUCCAGACGGAUGACAGCGCAACUGAGGGACUUGCAGUCUGUGACUCUGACUCUGUCGUGAGGAUGGACGAUGCUCACUCCAGUUCGGUGGUCUUAACACCUAUAUCAGAGGUGUCAUCUGCAGACCUGUCUGUUUCUUCCCCUCACUCUCAGCAUACAGACAGCUCGCUGGAUCCUGCUGGUGCCACCGGCGAGACGGGCGCCCAGCAGGACAGCCCUGCGGGGGAAACACAGGCAGAGAAGGACCCCAAAAAGACCAAACAACAUCUGCACUGCCCCGUCUGUAAAGUUACAGUCAACUCCACCACUCAGAUGGAGGCUCAUAAUAGUGGUACCAAGCAUAAACUAAUGUUGGAUGGACAAAGUGUUGUGCCACGACGGCGAGGAAAAGCAAUGUCCCGUCCCUCGUGUAAAAGCAAGCGAUUGGCCAGUAAGGGAAGUGUGGGCGUGGCCAGCAAGAGCUUCUACUGUGAAGUUUGCGAGAUCCAUGUUAACUCUGAGACUCAGCUUAGCCAGCACAUGAACAGUCGAAGGCAUAAGGAUAGACUGGCUGGAAAGCCUCCAAAGCCCAAGUUCAACCCUCACACAAAGAGCCAGCCUACCUCAGCAACACUGCAGGGCAUCCGGUGGAACGGUUAUGCGAGUAGUGCGGUGUCUGCAAUGAAGAAAGUUAUCAACCAGUGCAAUCUGUCCUCUCUGACCUCACAGACUAAGCUGGUUCUACAGAAGCAAUUGACUAAAAAUUUGACCGCCAGCUUCUUGCCCUCCCACCUAACUCAGCCCACCCUCUGCGCUAUGGCAGCCAAUCCGCUCGCACUCCGUCACCCACCUGGCACUACUUUUAUUCAGACGCCAAUCCUCGGCCCCGCCCUCUUUCGGCCAGCGCCCGGACCUCUGAGAGCCACGCACACCCCCAUCAUUUUUUCCCCAUACUGAGCACCCAAAAUACAAAGCCACCGAGCUCAUUCAACAAGGGUGCACGUUCACAUGAUUUAGUCUUACGAUCUAUUCUCAGUAUUCUCCGUGCUUCUCUCUCCAAGCUACACAUAUACACACGUAUAUAAAACACAAAAACGCAACAAUCCCCAUAGUGUUCCCUAUAACCCUUAAAGACUGUGCCCUAUACGGGCCACUCUUGAACUAUGCAGCAAAGGGAGAGACUUGGAGAGAUAGAGAGGGAAAGCAUGAGAUACUGUAUUAUAAUCCCACAUUCAGAAGGAAGAGCCGUAUAUGGGAGGGGCCUCAGUGCAAACACCAGCCCACUAUGCAGAUUAACGCUUGAUUGACAGGACACACUGUCCUAAGUAGAACUGAUAAGGGAAUGGAAAAGAAUCUCUAUAAGAUGGAUAUUUAGCUUUGAUUUAAGUAUGUGUCAUUAUAUUAAUCAGGUUUUAUUAUAUAAUAUAAUUUAUUAGAGAAAGCCAAUUUUAGAGACCUAUAACUGCUUUAGCUGUUCGUACGUUUAGUGAUGAAAUGCAAACAUCCCUUUACUUGAUGCUUUUUUAUUUUUUUUGUCCGUUUUCAUGUCAUUCCACGUACAUGCAUGUCUGUAUUCACAGAUUUCGAGUAACCUCAUCCGACCGGCUUCUCUUACAAACACAAACCUCACUCGUCCGCCGGUUUACAGCUGCUAAAGCUCACUGUCAUGGGUAAUCACACAGUAAUACUGAGUGUGAGUCUAAUACGAGAAGGUGACAAUUUCGUAGCACAGCAACGCUGUAAUUCAAACACACACACACACACACAUUCGCCCGCUUACUCUCAAUCAGUGUCCCAAUUUUCUCAGUCUUGAUGCAUAGAUUAGAUGAUUUGAGAUUGCAGAUGCUCACACACACACACACACACACACACAUAGACAAUAUCAGAUGAGAUGAUUAUGGUAGAGUCACAGUUUGAUGUGGCCUUUCAUGUCUGCAUAUUUCGUCCUCAGUAUGCCCUCAUUAUGGCCUCACAAAGGUCAGCGUGCCUGUCAAAAUCUCUCUGCGUCCCAUCUUGAUUAAGAUCUAAUUCCACAGCAUGUUAUUUGUUUGUUGUACGUGUGCGUAUCAUCCAAAACCUGUCGUGCGUUCGUUUCUCCUUUGUAACGGAAGGGAAAACAUUUUGGGGUUGUUUCUGGAAGCUUUCAGUGAUGUAGAUGCGAGAUGAGCCAUUGCCAAAACAUAAUGACUUUAAUAGCGGUUAGUGAAUAUAUUACUUCUAUUGGUGCAAUAGUUUUUAAGAUUACACAGUGCCAGCUACGUAUUACGGCUGUCGAUUAAACAUGUUAAUAUAGUGCGUGUAUACUUGUACGUUAAUAUGAAAGUAAGGAAUUGCAGUAUUUAAAGCUUGAAUCCCCAGCUGCUACAAUAGACGAUGCGUUUCAGUAUACAAAAAUACACCCUGUCUAUUUGAGACAGUUUGACAAACUCCAUUACUUAAUGGAUUGCUGUGGCCAGUGACAGGCUUAUAUUUAACGAUAGACUUCCAAAUGCACUUUUUGUGAUGUCUCUUCAAUGCCUCAGUCGUGUAUUGUGCUGUCUUUGAAUUAUUUUAAUUUGAUGGCUUUUUUCAGUAAAUAUUGAUAGGCCUUUAUGCAAUUAAAUGAAAUGUUUUAACUAAUAAGCAAUUGACAGCCCUAUAAAAAACACACACAGGCUACAAGGAGUGUUUUUUAAUCACAUUGACCCAGGAUCAGUGUCUUCUAUUGUCACCUAAUGGUUUUGGAUGGACUAAUAUCGAUCAUAUUUGACUCCCGACCUGUAGAAAUACUAGGUGUUGACGUCAAGUCUGUUGUUUCAUGUCUCAUCUUUUAUUUCGAUGUGUUCUAACAUAGAGCUUUUUGUAAAUAUUUUAUGAAUACAGCUUUUAAAAGUGAUCUAUGAAUCAUUAACAUUUAUAAUGUAUACACUGAGAAUUAGAGUAAAUCUGUAGAAUUUAUCAAAUGUUUAUUGUAGAUUCUUUAUCUGGUUAUUGUAAUUAAUGUGAUGAUAAGGACGAUCUCUUCUUGAUGAAGUUAUUACAUUCUUUUUGCCAUUUCGACAUGCUUACAGUAUUAAGAAGAUAACCUAAUCUGACGUAGAUACUGUACGUUUAUGUAAUAUUAUGUUCAAAUGUAAAUCAAAGUGCUCUACAUGCAAGAGAGAGAAAAGGAUUUGUAAUGUUUUGAAGGGAAUCGCAUAUAAAAAAGCUACAAAUGGGCCGUUUGAGAUCCCAAAUACCCCGAUAAGGCCUCAUAGCCUAAGUAACGGGGUGAGUCUCAUGCCCACUCAGGGCUCUUGCUUUUCAGAGGAGGAAUCGUCCUUGCGGGAAAGAAGCCUGGGGUCUUGAACAGCGCUUAAUAACAACAGCCAUAUUGAAACCAAGCUACAAGAGGCACAACAUGGACAAAUUUUGGACUUUUCCUGACGACACUUUAAAAUAGUGACUUUGCUUGGACUCCAUGAAUUGAUUUCUCCUGUUUGUUUGUUUGUUUGUUUGUGCGUGGAUGACACCUGGACAUCACACUAAUCUCUAUAUUCGAGUUGAAGAACGAAAUGUGAAGGACAAAUAACAUCAGUCUGUCAGUGAAUCCACUUUUGCACUGACAAAAUUAUUCCAUUCCUGGAUGUGUCACUCUACAAGGACAUGGUUGGCUACCAUAAUAAUAACUGUGACUGGCAGGUUAGCAAUUUCACAUUGUUAAAAAAAAGUUUUAUUUAUUUGUUUGAAAUUCAGUCAUUGAGCAAUAAUUGCGGAUACUGGAACAUUUUUAACAAAACAGAUCAUCACUCACUUUUUUCGUAUUUUAUGCUACAUGAUUUUUAGACAGAUCCCAGCAGGCAUUUCAAUGUUGAUUCACAGUUGGAUCAACGUCAAGAAAAAGGUUGAAUCACUGUUGAAUUACCUUUUGACUUUGCAAAUUGAAUCAACGCUGAAAAAAAAUGAUGUUAUUUCAACUAAACUUCAACGUUGAUUUUUAAGCAUUUUCGUAACCUUUUGCAACUGUUUAGAAUUAACUGUUGUAUAAACGUUGAAACAAGAACUGACAUUAUUUCAACCAUAUUUUAAUGUUGAAACAAGAACUGACAUUAUUUCCACCAUAUUUCAACGUUGAAACAAGAACUGACAUUAUUUCAACCAUAUUUCAACGUUGAAACAAGAACUGACAUUAUUUUAACCAUAUUUCAACGUUGAAACAAGAACUGACAUUAUUUCAACCAUAUUUCAACGUUGAAACAAGAACUGACAUUAUUUCAACCAUAUUUUAACGUUGAAACAAGAACUGACAUUAUUUCAACUUUAUUUCAACGUUUAAACAAGAACUGACAUUAUUUCAACCAUAUUUCAACGUUGAAACAAGAACUGACAUUAUUUCAACCAUAUUUCAACGUUGAAACAAGAACUGACAUUAUUUCAACCAUAUUUCAACGUUGAAACAAGAACUGACAUUAUUUCAACCAUAUUUCAACGUUUAAACAAGAACUGACAUUAUUUCAACCAUAUUUCAACGUUGAAACAAGAACUGACAUUAUUUCAACCAUAUUUCAACGUUGAAACAAGAACUGACAUUAUUUCAACCAUAUUUCAACGUUGAAACAAGAACUGACAUUAUUUCAACCAUAUUUCAACGUUGAAACAAGAACUGACAUUAUUUCAACCAUAUUUCAACGUUGAA